AUGGUCAAGGGCCCACCUUACUCCGAUGGAUUACCAUACCUCAAGCGCUCGUUUGAAAGAUGGUGUUCUACCAAUCGUCCUGCAUGGACGCCAAGUGAAAUCAAAUGGACUGCUAUAACGUUAUGGCACGGCGUGCCCGAAAUUCAAACCGAGUAUCGACGCAAGGUUGGAAAGAAGUUUACAUAUCCAAUGUAUAGACCAGAUCUAGUUCCUGCAAACCCAUGGAGCGAACAAGAUGCGCAAUCUGCAAAAACAAACGGGAGCUUACCAUUGUUACAUGGUGUGAUACCUUCUCCGCCGCCGAUACCCCCUGGUUUUGGACCUAUUGCGCCUAUACAGGCACCAGCACCGGUAAUUCAGGGAAGACCCAGAAACGCAUUUCCUUUUGACUUUUGGCCAUCUAAGCCUUGGGAUACCGAACCGUCCGACGAUGCAUCGCUCGCUGCGGGAAUCUCGGCACGCCCAAUAUCGAAAGGGAUGGAUCAUCAGGCGUUGUGGCAGUCUACUCAUCCUUUCAUGUGGCCUCCUCAAGAUCAGAAGGAUUGGAGAAACGGUCGGUUUCUUGAAGCAGGAGGCCACGGUUUCACUCAACUGUGGUACCAGGUUGACGAGACGAACAGUAUCAUUCAAAGAAUGGUGGUAAAAGAAUCGCGACCGCAGCCGCGUUAUUGGCGUGAUCCUGUCCAAUGGCGCGACCAAAAGCCACGUGAAAUCUACAUGCAUCAAUUAAUCGAUGGCAAUCGCGAAGCAGGCAGCGGGACCAAUCAUGAAAAUCUCAUUGAACAUUACGGGUACCGACUGAUGAUGGAACAGCGCCGCUACCGCGUCUUCCUCAACUAUUACGAAGGAGGAGACCUCGAGCAAGCACUUCGAGAUCACAGCAAAGCGACAAUUUGUAGACUUGAGAGAUUGGGUCCAGACGAGCCUGUUCCUUCGGGUUGGGAAUGGGACGACACCCACUUGUGCUAUCGAGAAAACGGAGAGCUACCCGAAAUCAUCAGCGAGAGGCUGAUAUGGAAGAUAAUUAGCGAUAUUGUGACAGGGUGCCAGAUCCUUCAUUACGGGCAGCCUAGCCAGAACGGUGUACAAGUGCUGAAGCCCGAAUGGAAGCCGAUCACCCACUGUGAUCUAAAGCUGGACAAUAUUUUCAUUCUGCCACCGGAGAAAGAACCAAGAUUUGGGGAAGAUGAAUCAGAGUUUCCUACCUUUGUCAUCGGAGAUCUAGGCAACGCCUUCACAGCCAUGGAACACACGGACCCCCUAUCCAGUGAAAACCCCCAUGAAUACGUCAUGAGAAUCCGGUUCGAGAGGCUACCUCCCGAACUGCAAUUCCUCAUGAUGGGCGAUGCAGAAAGACCCGGUCCAGUCCCUAUCGCGGAAAAGUCAGAUGUGUGGCUAAUCGGUUCUAUACUGUAUUACCUCCUUUCCAACCUUACCAGGAACGGGCAAGGUCCGUGCCGCUUUGUACCCAACACGGAGUUCGAUUACGACUUCUUCGCUGGAAGAAAUGGCGAUCUAGGCCCCACGCAUGACGGUGCUUUGAAUCCUUUCCAGCCAAGAGAAUGCUUCCAGACUUUUCAUCGAUACUCGCCGGAGCUGCAACAGCUGGCGGCGAGUUGUUUGACGUGGAAGCCGCAUGAGCGCCCGUCGUUGCUGGAGAUGAGAACAAUGAUUGAUAGUUUCUUGGCAUCUCGUCCAGAUGUGGCAGCGGAUAGAAGAAUCAGGCCGUUAGUAGUUGAGAGAGAAAAGGUGUUCGCAGUUGGGCAGUACUUCCAAAAGCAGUAA